UAAUUAAAAAUAUUAUUCCAAUUUUGCUGUUGUCUUUACAGUGGUUUGUGGUCCAGUCCUUAGGAGUACAUCAGCUAUGGGUCACGGCAGAGAAUCGCUGGGGAAAACAGAGCAAGUCUGUUUAUGUGGUUGUGAUACAGCGGAAUCUCUCCGAUCUCAAAUUUUCAUUGGUGGAUCCGGAUUCUCAUGUUGUUCCUUCUGGGACAGCGGUAAGCUUUUUGAUCCAGGCUGAAAUUCACAGCCGGUUCAACUCCACUCUGAUCAUUGACUCCCUGGAUGGUCACACACACGAGGCCUCGCUAGAGGACACGGAGGGACAGACACUGGCCCUGAACUGCACCCUGGGAGAAAUGUUCGUGACCGCCACCUACGGCAUAGGCUGCCUCCUCAAUGUCAGAUUUGAACAUGCUUUUGAAAAAGAGGCAGUGUACAGACCGACAGCCAGAAUAUUCAGUGGUAAUUUUUCUGAAGUCGUGGAGUUGGAUUCUGAGUUACUUGUCAUGAAACGCCUGGGUUUUUCCCAGGUUGUCUCCCCUGGAGUCUGCUCUGUUGGACAAGCUUGUGAGUUUGAUUUGCAGUGUGAACCAUUCUCCAUAUUUGCAAACGUUACAUGGACUAUUUCUAAAAACAACAACUCCCUGGAUGUGAUCCAGGGCUCGUUAAAGCUGAGCUACGUUUUCACAGAGCCUGGUUACUACCAUAUUUCUACACUGACUCAGAACAGACUCAGUAGUGUGUCUGAGUCCACUAAUGUCCAGGUCUUAGUUCCCCUAUCAGACCUGUACAUCCAGUGUGAGGGGGGGCCUGUAUACCCAGAAUCGGAACCUGUUCUUUGUCGAGCUGACGUAAUGGAAGGCAGUAAUGCACAGUUCACUUGGAGUGUACAGCCAAACAACACAGGCUUUGUGCGGUCUGAAGUUCAGCCAAUCAGAAUAGAGAAUACAAAUCUCUCAUCGGAGGCAGUGUUUACGUUUCAUAAUAAGGGGUCAUACAAUGUCAGUGUCACUGUGUAUAACAGGGUCAGUAAACUCACAAGUUAUGUCGACCGCCUCGUCCAGAUACAGGAGAAGAUACAGUGUGUCGUGAUGAAGAGGGAACGGUCCACCUACCCCAGGGGCGUGGUCAGGCAAGGGGAGGUCACUCUGUUUCUGGUGAAGACUUGUGGGGGGAGUCAUGUGAGGUUAGAAUUUGAUCUGGGGACAGGCAGACAGACGGCCAAAGUUCUGUACAUAAAAGAGGAAGAUUUGUAUGAAGUGAACUUACGAUUCUCAAGAGAGGGACAGCAUACUGUGGCUGUUUUUGCUUUUAAUGACAUGUCUGAAGUGGAGUUUUCGACUCGCGUGUUGGUCCAGCGGCAGAUUAAUGGAUUAUCCCUGGAACUGAACCCGAAUCAGCCCCAUGUCAACUCGCCUCUUGUCUUUAUGGUUACCGAAAAAGGAAAUGUGUGCCGUCGAGAUGACCUGGUUUACAGAUUUACGUUCUCUGACGGAAAUGAACAAUCAGGAGUGUUUACUGUCAACGUUACCGUUAACAACCUAGUUGACAGUGUGGCUCUGUUCAGGACCUUCACAGUCAGGAAUGAUGGGAAUUACCCAGUAGCACUAUCCAAUCCAAUCUUCAGUGCUGUAAAUCAACCAAUCAAAUUCAAAGUUCAGGGUGUGGCUAUGGAGGCAUUUACUAUUGAGGUCAAGUUUGGAGAUCGAGACGAAGCAGUGGUUGUCUCCUCCAUCCAAUGGGAUCACACCUAUGACAAGCCCGGUAUUUAUGAAGUGUCGGCCGUACUACACACAGUCAGUCUGGGUAACCUAGAGGUCACCAGUGUCGUCAUUGUCCAGGAGAAGUUGAAAGAACUGACCAUCAGAGCUCCAGGGGUCAUCAAAAUAGACAGAAUUUCCAGAGAGCACCUGUUUGAAGCUGAGAUAACCGUUGGUGGAUCCAAGGAAUUGACUGGGGGUGAAUCCCAGGAUUUUACAGGGAGUGGAUCUGGGGUUUUGUACUUCUGGUCCUUAGACAAUCGUCAGUCUCCUGCUAGCACUGUUAACUGGGUUAUUGAAGAAAUUGACCGGCCUGGUACAACUGUACUAACAGUGGGUGCCCAGAAUGACCUUGGAGAUAAGUCACUUGCUGUACAGGAGGUGAAGAUCCAAUACCCUCUCCUUGAUGUGACCUUGACCUCCGAUCCUACAGUGGAGGGGCGUGUCUGUGACAUCACGGUCCGGGUCACAGGAAGUCGGGACGUUGUGUUUGAUGUGGAUUUUGGUGACAGAGUUCAGGCUUCGUUAUCCUCUGAUGAUGUCGUUGUUACCAUAGAUACCACCUCUAGCUCGUAUCUACCUAAAUACACCGCCGUCCUACAACACCAGUACAAUCUGAAAAGUCAGUACCAGGUCAAGGUCAAUGUGUCUAAUGCCGUCUCCUGGGUGACGGGGGAUGUCACGGUGAUGGUAGGGGAGGCUCUCGGGGAUGUUACCCUGGAGAUCCUGUCACCCCACAGGGAGCUGCCCGGGGUCUACGUCGUGUCCCUCAGUGAUCCACUGACUGUCCGAGUGACCGCCGGCAGGGGAGAUAAUCUAACCUUCACUUGGGAUUUCUCCGAGUAUUCUGACGGAGGCACCAAGGACCAGAUAGGGAAUGGUAGUUCCAGCACGGCGACCUACGCCUUCAGUAUGACGGACAUUUUCCCGGUGUCUGUCAGUAUCGACAGUCCCUACUACCAGGUGCCCCAGGUGUUCCCAUUCAGACACAAGUUCAAGGUCGUCCAGGAAAUCCAGGGAGUUUAUCUGGAGGUCAAAGGGUCGAGGAAGACAGGAGCCGCCCUCAAACGUGUGAACGGAGAAUUACAGACGGAGGAGAUACAUUUCAUAGCCAGCUGUGAGAAGGGUUCCCACAUUGAGUUCCAGUUUGACUUUGGUGAUGGUACGACAACAGUGGUACAGGGGAGAGAGGAGAUGUUCCUUAACUACGUCAAAGGCAGCACGUCUCACAGAUAUACACAGGAGGGAGUGUUUAACAUCACGGUGACAGCAAUAAAUCCCCUUGGCAACAGAACAGCAACACUUGACAGGCUGUUCUAUGUACAGGCCUCACCGUUUGGAUUAAAGCUGGAUAAAUCCAUUUACUACACAAAACUUGGUAAUGUCACUGUUAUGCGUGCUACUUUCUCUCAUGGUACCAAUGUAACAUUUGACUGGAAGCUCGGAGACCAGACUGAUAUACUCAAUAACUCAGGCUCGGUGAUGAGACACACGUACCAGACACGGGGAGAGUUCAGUGUGACGGUGAUAGCCAGGAACAGAGUGUCUUCCCAAACAGAACACGCCGUGGUGGUCGUCCAGAGUCUGAUACAAGGGGUGAGGUUGAUAACGAGCACCAACAUCACUGAGACGAACCAGGUGAUUGAGCUGAGGGCCGAGACUUUACCAGAACCGGGUCUGGGGACGUACCAUCACUGGAACCUGGGGGACAACCAGAAAGGAGUCCAGACAACAGAACCGGAGAUAGAUUACAGAUACAGGAGAAACGGAAGUCAGUCGGAGUCAGCGCCUGUAGAAAGCACCGUCCUGUCUAAAGUGAAGAACCAAGAGGUACGCUGUCUGAAGGACUCACUGGUCAACACGUCACUAGAAUUCGCCGCGCCCAGUUACUCAGGCUCUAAUCUGACUGUGGGGAAUUACUUUGCACAGGAUCCAGUUUUUAAACUGUCUGAAAUCUAG